AUGAAGCCCAUUUUACCAAGAUUACAAACAAGUGUGUCUCAUAGCAAUCUUAAUAAAACUCUAAAUCUCUCAAGCUCUAGAUCAAUGAAUAGGCUAAAGGUUUAGCCGUCAAGACAAUACAUAUAUGAUGUUAUUCAGGCUGAGAGUUAUGUUAAGAACACUUCAGGGAACAAUACUUUAUUCAAUAGCUCAAUCAAUUUUACUCUUGAUAGAUCUCAAAGUUAAGAUAAAUAAAUUGGGUAAAAUGACUUAAAUAUAAGUAAGCAAAAUACCAAUCUUGAAAAUAGCAAUCAAAAACGACUAUAGACUUUGAAUUAAGUGAUACAGUCCUAACAUCAAAUGAUAAAUCCCUAGCUUCUCUAACCAGUACUCUAAUCUAAUAGCAAAGAUAUCAGAGGUAGAAAGAAUUACAAAGCUUUAAACUCAUCUAGAGACUUUAAUGCUUCACAAUAGUUCACAUCAUCCUAGUCUAUUAUAAAUUAAGCUUAAGUAGACAAACCUAUCAAGUCACUUAGAAUACCUCCUAAGGCCAAUAAAACUCAGAGAAAUAUUAGCAUUUUAACAAACAGUAUAGUGACUGAUGAUAAUUAAAAAUAAGAGUCAGCUAUUGGAACAGUGGAGUUAUCAAAGCAUUCAACAAGUUAGGUCAGAGAAUAGAACGAAAAGUCAGUUGAGAAAUGUCCUGAUAACAUUAAUGUUAUUUAAGAAUAUGAGUAUAACAGUUAGAAUAUUGAAAAUCUAUCGCCAGUUAGAGCACAGUAAAUGUCUAAUUAAAAGCAUUACUUAGCAGACUCAAGUUUUAAUGGAUGUAGAAGUUGCACCAAAGCUACACCUAGAGUAGGAUAUGCAAUAAUAGAUUUAUAGUAAUCUAGUGAGAAAAACAAGGAUCACAGACAUGGAACUAUGAGUGAAGUUAACUUUAGUAAAAAUGGUGAAAGAUCAGUAGAUAACUUUCAGUCUGUUGAAUUUAGAUCAAUGGAUAACAUAAUGAAUUCAUAGUAGAAGAAAAAGUAAAAGCGAAGAGAGAUGGCAAUGUCUUAAACAUCUGAAUUCAUCUAGAAUCUGGUAUCCCGGGUUAAAUCAGUAAUGAGUUAAUCUGCAAUGAAAAAGAAAAAAUAACAGAUUUAGUAGUUAAAAGAGUCUCAAAGUAAUAGAUAAAGAGAUAUAUUAAAAACUCAUUCACAAAGCAGACUGGAGUAGAUUAAAGGAUAAAUGACUAAGAGUCUAGUCAAAGCCAGGUAAUCUAAGGAAAGAAUGAUAAAACCCCAAGAUUAAAAACAAUUAAACUUUGGAUUAGUAAGUAGCAGAGAUUAGCAUCAUAGAUAAGUCUCAUAAUUUGGGCAACAAAUACUUCAAUACUCAGAAAGAAUUGAACAACUCAUGAUAAAUGAAAAGAAUAGCAAACAACCAUUUGGUGAGUAGAAUCUAAACAAGUUUACAAAUAAACAGCAAUCUAUAAUGAUCAAUGCUAAAUUUGAAAAAAGAUAGAGGAAUACUGGAUAAAAGCUUUAGACUUAGAAUGUUGUGGACAAGGAAAAUAUUUAGGAAGUAAAAGGCUUAUCUUUAAAAAAUCCAUAGAGUUUGAUGAGAUUAAACAUGAUUAAGCCAAGCAAAAACAUUAAUCAUGUGAAAUAAGUCUCUAUAAGGAGACUUGAUUAGACCUUUAACAUUCCUAAGGCAGUGGUGCAGAAUUCUAAAAAUAUAGCCCAAGAAUAUAAUAUUGAUACUAGAAGUUAAACUUCAUCUGAAAACUCAGAAGAAACAUACUAAUACUUAAAUGUAGUAGGUCAAAUCUGA